GCAAUUGUAACAGCGCAGAAAGUCGAACCGGGACACGAGUAUAAUUGCCGCGACCAUUUAAGCCUUAAGUGCCAUCCAAAAAUUAGGAAACAUGGAAGAAAGUUUCCCUCGAGGUGGAUCCCAGAAAAAAGCAGAGCAAAAAGCUGUUUUAAAGAGGCCUAAGGAAAAUGAUGGCAACCUUUUCUCAACCCAUCAUGAGGAAGAACCGGAAAUCAAGAAGAACAAGAAAGUAUCUCGUGAGAAGCCAAAGGCUGUUGGUCUAGAAAAAAGGACAACAUCUACUAAGGAAAUUGUGGAAAUUCCACUGUACAGUAAACUGAGCGUCGGGAUGCUGUUUCUUGGUUGUGUGAAACGGACCAAAGAUUUUGAGUUGACAGUGAGUUUACCAUAUUGCUUAACAGGCUAUAUCCAAGCGACAAACAUUUGUGAUGCAUAUACUAAUCUCAUCAGUGAACAAGUGGAAAAAGAUGACCCCCUGGAGGCACUAGUUCCCCUUUCUGAGCUGUACAGUCCAGGAAUGUUAGUAAGGUGCGCAAUAAGCAGUUUAGAGACAACGGCCAGCGGUUUCCCCAGCGUUAAACUGUCCGUCAACCCGAAACAUGUCAACAAGGCUCUGAACACAGGAUCAAUUAAAACAGGCAUGGUUUUAUCUGGGUGUGUAUCUAGUGUAGAAGACCAUGGAUAUCUUGUUGACAUAGGAGUCGCUGGUACUAAAGCAUUCCUGCCACGUCAAAAAGCGCAAUUAUUUUUAAGUCAAGCAGGGCAAGGGUCCUUACUCAGAGUAGGGGAGUACCUAAACUGUGUGGUUGAGGAAGUGAAGAAUGAGGGAAAGAUAGUCCGUCUGUCCAUAAUCCAGAAUGACGUGGCCAGUGCCCUUGCAACUGUGGAACAGAACUGGAAUCUGAAUAAUCUAUUGCCGGGACUUGUACUUAAAGCACAGAUAGAGAAGGUGAUGCACAACAACAUCACUUUGUCUUUCCUUUCAUCGUACACGGGCUUUGUGGAUUUCUUGCACUUUGAACCAAAGAAAAUCGGUUCCUACAAGGAAGGGCAGGAAGUCAAAGCCUGUAUUUUGUGGCUUGAUCCAUCCACAAAGACUAUCAGACUUACGCUCCGUCAGUGUUUUCUGCAGCCAGGGAACACCCUGCCCCAGCUCACCAGUGACUGGGUUGGCUCUGUGCUUGACAACUGCGUGGUGCAAACAUUGUUUAAGAAUGCUGGAGCCGUUUUUGAACUGGAAGGAGGAAACCUGGGCUUUGCAUUUAAACAUCAUCUUUCUGCUUCUAAACAGCCACAUUUUGAAAAGUUCAAAAAAGGUACCACUCAUAAAGGGCGAAUCACAGAUUUUAGUCCCAUGGAUGAGAUGCACAUUCUCUCUCUAAAAGAGAAAGUGAUUACAAAUCUCUUCUUGCGCCAUGAAGAUAUACAACCUGGACAGGUGCUGGAGGGGACAGUAAAGUGCAUGGAAGCCGUAGGAAUGGUGGUACAGAUCACUGACCAUCUCACAGGUCUCGUGCCUAAACUCCAUUUUGCUGAUGUUCUCCUCAAACAUCCUGAGAAAAAGUACAUUAUUGGGAACAAGAUAAAGUGCAAGGUCUUGACUGUGGUUACUUGUGAACGAAAGUUGAUCCUGACAAGAAAGAGAACUCUGAUGAAGUCAACGUUGCCCGUUCUCGCCAGCUAUGAGGAUGCGCAACCAGGCUUAAUUACCCAUGGCUUCAUUGUGGCCAUUAAAGACUACGGAUGCCUUGUUAAAUUCUAUAACGAGGUACAAGGCCUAGCUCCACGUCGUGAGCUGGGCUCGCUGCAAGAGAUUUCCUCGCUGGAAGAUGCCUUUUAUAGAGGGCAGGUCAUUAAGGUUCAGGUGCUGGAGUGUAACCCCCAAACACAACAAUUGCUGUUGUCCUUCAGAAUAACGGAGGAGGGGCACACUGAACAAGAACAACGCUUCCUCAAGAAGAUAAAGGCGGUGAAGUUAGAUGUUGGGAAGUUGGUUGAUACCAGAGUCCUAUCGAAGACUGACAAAGGAGUGAACGUUCUCGUCCUACCUGAGGAAAGCCCCGCUUUCAUUCCCAAAAUGCACCUCUCGGACCAUGUGUCAAAUUGUGAGCUACUCUGGCAUACACUGCAAGAAGGGGACGAUAUUCCCGGGGCCAUGUGUCUUAGUAGCCUCAAGGGCCACAGUAUAUUAACAAAGAAAUCUCUUCUGAUUUCCUCUGUUGAGAAAGGAUCGUGUGUAAAAGUCAUCUCGGAGGUGCAGACAGGGAUGCACCUGACUGGCUUUGUGAAAAGUAUCAUGCCAUAUGGUGUCUUUGUGGAAUUCCCUUACGGCCUGUUUGGAUUGGUGCCCAUGUCCGAAAUAUCUGACAAGUUUGUGACCAAUAUCAGGGACCACUUUGUUGAGGGCAACACUGUGGUUGCCACUGUAAUCAAGAUGGACGAAGAGAAGAAGCGGUUCCUGCUGACUCUGAAGAUGUCUGAGUGUGCUCCCGAUGAUUAUUCCAUUGAAGGCCUGUUCCUUCUGAGCCAGUGUUUCAGUGAACUGCAGCUCAUGAAAGGGCUGCUCGCUAGGAAAGGAGAUCCAGAGGACGAGCUAAGUAUCUACACACUGAUCGCAGGACAAAAGCUCACUUUGGUUGUUGAGAAUGCAGAGGAGAAUGGUCCCGUCCAGUUCAGCGCUGGCAGCAUUUCUGGGGCUCAGACUGUAUCAGCCACCCAGUAUCACAUUGGAGAUAAAGCACUGGUCGCUGGACAGAAAGUCAAAGCUGUGGUUUUACAUGUUGAUAUGCUGACGUUGCAUGUUCAUGUAUCUCUAAAUCAAACGCUGUUGAAAAAGAAACAGAAUGUGCCGAAGAUGAAUUCAUCCCACUCAGCGGAUGUGCAGCACGUGGCAGAAGAAUUUGCUGUUGUGUCCUUCGCAGACUCUGCUCAUCUAAUUGCGGUUCCCGUGUCUUCUCACCUUAAUGACACUUUCCGUUUUGAGUCUGAAAAGCUGAAGGUGGGAGAGACCAUCUCCGUAAUUCUAAAAACAACAACUGUGAAUGAACACGGCCUUUUGCUAGCAGUGCAGAAUAAAGCUGCCUCAAAGACCAGCAAAAACCUCGGCCGAACAACCCAGUCAGCUAUGAGGGUCCGUGGUGCAAUUUCACAUGGUUUGAAAAUUGGAGAUCUAGUAACUGGAACAGUGAAAAGUAUAAAGCCCACACAAGUGACCGUCUCCAUAAAUGAUAACGUAUUUGGCUUUAUCCAUGUUUCCCAAAUAAUGGAUGAAACCCCGCAGGGUUGUUUCCCAACCUCCAAACUCAAUCCAAAGCAAGAGGUGACUUGUCGAGUUAUUGGCGGAAGAGAAGUGAAGACCCACAGAUACCUUCCAAUCACACAUCCUGAUUUCAUACAUUCUGUUCCUGAGUUGAGCCUUCUCCCAGAGUUAAUUAACACUGAUAAUGUUCCAAAGCCAAGAGCACUGAAAACAUUCAACCCUGGUGAUAAGGUUACAUGCUAUGUAAAUAAGUUUAACACAGAGACAAAAUAUCUAGAGGUGGAGAUCACACCAGAAAUCCGUGGGAGAAUUGAGCUUCUGCUUCUUUCCCAGACCCCCAAGAACUUAAAGCGUCCAGAAAAACUAUUCAAGAAUGGCCAAGCCUUGUCUGCAACUGUUGUUGGACCGGACGCCGUUCACAAGCACCUCUGCCUUUCAUUAACAGGUAUCCAUUCAUUGGAGGAAGGAGCUGUGACUGUGGCGUGUGUGACUAAGGUAGUAAAGGGCUCCGGGCUGACACUCUCCCUCCCGUUUGGAAAGACUGGAAACGCCAAUAUGUUUCACUUAUGCGACAAAUACGCAGAAGCUUCAUUGGAAAAAUUCACCCCUGGGAAGUUUGUCAGGUGUGCUAUACUGUCUAAUUCAAAGAUAGUUAAGGUUUCUCUCAGGCAGUCCAGGGUAAAUCAACAAGCGCAGAGCAGUGCAGUUGACGAGGAUAUCGCUUCCAUAGAUAGUCUGGAAGAAGGGCAGUUGGUUAGUGGCUUUGUGAGUGCCAUUACAGAAAACAAAGGAGUGUUUUUCAGGUUAUCCAGCUUUAUUGUGGGACAUAUCCAGUUCCAGAACGUCACUAGUUAUUUUGUUUAUGAGCCAUCUGCAUACAGUAACUAUAUCCCAGAAGGCACCCUGCUUACAGCCAAAGUCCUGUCUAUCGACCCUGAUAAGAAACACGUGGAGCUUUCGCUUCUUCCCACCGACACCGGAAAGCCUGACGUCGUACCAGAAUCUGCUGGAUUCAGCAAAAGGAAAAAUAAGGCGUCGAAAAAGACACCGACAAAAAGGAAAAGGGAGAAUUUAGAAAAGGGCUCACAGGACACUGGUCUAAAGAAGAAAAAAUCUCACAAAUCUAUAGAGGAUGAUGACAGUGGAGUUGAAGUUUACUGCAGAGAGGAAGAUGCAGAGGAUAAAACAAAGAAAACACAGCAGCAGUCCCAGGAACAAACUAGCAGUCAAGCAUCCGUUUCAAGGUUGCAAGUUUCCUCUGGGUUCUUAUGGGAUGUCAGCCUAAACACUCUCAAAACGUCUCUGGCUGGGGCUAAUGAGAGCAGCUCGGACAGCGAUGAAGAGGAGGAUGAACAGCCCAAGAAAAAGAAAACGAAAAAAGAGCUGGCGAAAGAAAAGAAGGAAGCGGAGAAAGAACUGUCUAAGAAAGAAGCUACUUUACUGGACUCCAGUCGGCAGCCUCAGUCAGCCGAUGACUUUGACCGGCUUGUCAUUAGUUCCCCAGACAGCUCCAUCCUUUGGCUCCAGUACAUGGCAUUCCACCUUCAUGCCACAGAAAUAGAGAAGGCACGAGUUGUGGCAGAGCGGGCGCUCAAAACCAUUUCUUUCAGAGAGGAACAGGAAAAGCUCAAUGUGUGGGUUGCACUGCUAAACUUGGAGAACAUGUAUGGCACUGAGGAGAGCCUCACGAAGGCCUUCGAACGAGCUGUUCAGUAUAAUGAGCCUUUGAAAGUCUUCCAGCAGCUGGCCGACAUCUACAUCAAGUCUGAGAAGUUUAAGCAAGCAGAGGAUCUGUACAACACAAUGCUCAAGCGCUUCCGGCAGGAGAAGUCUGUAUGGAUUAAGUUUGCAACUUUCCUUCUAAAGCAAGGCCAAGGAGAUGGGACUCACAAAUUACUGCAGCGUGCGCUCAAGAGCCUUCCGGAGAAAGAUCAUGUUGAUGUGAUUUCCAAGUUUGCCCAGUUAGAAUUUCAGCUGGGAGACACUGAGCGGGCCAAAGCCCUGUUUGAGAGCACGCUGAGCAGCUACCCAAAACGUACAGACCUCUGGUCUGUUUAUAUUGACAUGAUGGUGAAACAUGGCAGCCAAAAGGAAGUGAGGGACAUUUUUGAGCGUGUGAUUCAUCUGAGCUUGGCAGCUAAAAAGAUCAAGUUCUUUUUCAAGCGCUACUUGGAGUAUGAAAAGAAACAUGGAAGCACCGAGAGUGUCCAGGCCGUGAAAGAGAAAGCGCUGCAGUACGUGGAAUCUCAGAGUUCUCUGGUGGCCACAUAGUGCCCUGUGCUUAGAGACUGCUCUGAUUAAUGUUAAUAUACGUUUCCUACCGAUUGGAUGCAAUAGAGAGUUAUUAUAUGAAUGCCGGGAGAGCUGCCACAGGAACACAGACUCUGAGACUUGGGCAUUUGCCCUUCAGAGACGGAUCUUCAUUUUAAAUUCUACUCCACUGAUUUUUUUGUAUGCUGCGUUGUGUUGUUCUGCGUGUGUGUAUAUUCAUAUGCAGAAUUAUUACAUUAAAAUAAAUGCCAAUCUUGA